AUGCAGUUUGGACUAUAUGGAAAGACAGAUGUUCUAAAGUUUUUCAGAACAAAAAUCCUAAUAGAAUUAUCUUCUCUAGACAGUAUUAACAAACUUGUUAAUUCUAAUGCUCAACAAUCUACUAAUGUCAAUGUUCCUCAGCAGGAUGUUAAAUGGAUCCCUCCGGAUUAUGAAUUUUUGAAAUGCAACACUGAUGCUUCAUUUAAAAAAGAAACAUUGCAAGGUGGUCUGGGACUAAUAAUCAAAGAUUUUGCAGAUACCAACAUUGCAGUCCAAGAUAUCCACAUUAACGGAGGAAUGAGGGAUGGCACUGAAGUGGAAGAACCGGAGUGUAAAGCUAUGAAGGAAGUUGUUGCACUGGCAGUUAAACUGAAGUUGAAGAAGGUUAUUUUAGAAUCUGAUAGUGAGGUUCUAGUUAAAUCAAUAAAUGGACCUGAUUACUUUGUUCAUUGGUUAUACCAAUCUUUGAUUUUAGACAUCGAGUUUAUGUUAAGAUCUAUUGAGAGUUGGAGAUGCAUUUCAGUUAGAAGGGAUGCAAAUAGUGUGGCUAAUAAAAUUGCCAAGAGAGCUAGAAUUAUGGGAGUCUGUUUUAAUUUUAGAAUUGAUCUUCCUCUUGAAAUUCAAGAAUGGAUUGAUCAAGAUAAACCUGUACUUGAUUAA